AUGGGAAGCAUUGAUGACUUCAGUCGUUAUUCUUUUCCAGAUGAUUUUGUUUUCGGAACUUCCUCUUCGGCUUACCAGUAUGAAGGCGAAUCAAACAAACAAGGUAGAGGACCGGCUAUAUGGGAUACUUUUACUGAGGAACAUACAGAGAGAAUAAACGAUCAUAGCAAUGGAAACGUCGCAGUUGAUUUCUAUCAUCGCUACAAGGAAGAUGUGCAAAGAAUGAAAGAAAUGGGAAUGGAUGCUUUCAGAUUCUCCAUUUCUUGGUCUAGAGUAUUACCACAUGGCAGGUUAAGUGCAGGAGUAAACGAAGAAGGCAUCAAAUUUUAUAAUAAUCUCAUUGAUGACCUCAUAAAAAAUGGUCUGCAGCCUUAUGUUACUCUCUUUCACUGGGAUACUCCUCAAGCUUUAGAAGAUAAAUAUGGUGGUUUUUUAAGUACUAACAUUGUGAAUGAUUUUCGUGACUUUGUGGACCUUUGCUUCCAAAAUUUUGGUGACCGAGUGAAGAAUUGGAUCACUUUAAACGAGCCAUGGAUGUUCAGUGUCCAAGGUUAUGACAUGGGCACCAUGGCGCCCGGUAGAAUUUCUACUAUCGUGAAUGAUCCUCACCAAUCCAAAAACACUGGUGCCACUGAAGUUUAUACAGUCGGGCAUCAUUUAUUGCUUGCUCACGCAGCGGCAGUAAAAGUAUACAAGGAAAAAUAUCAGGCAUGUCAAGGCGGAAAGAUUGGAAUAACACUUGUUUCUCAUUGGUUUGAGCCUUACUCAAAUAGUGAAGCUGAUCAGAUUGCAACCAAAAGAAGCCUUGACUUCAUGCUUGGGUGGUUCAUGGAUCCUGUAAUGAAUGGUGAUUAUCCACGCAACAUGCACGAUUUUGUUGGAGGAAGAUUGCCAAAUUUCACUAGCGAGGAAUCUAAGAUGUUGAAAGGAUCUUAUGACUUUAUUGGAAUUAAUUACUACACAACAUAUUAUGCUCAAAAUACUGAUGCUAAUUUUCAAAGCGUUGGAUUUAUGUCAGAUGCUCGUGCUAAUUGGACAGGAGAGAGAAAUGGAAUCCCAAUAGGUCCACAGGCUGGUGUAAAAUGGCUUUAUAUUUAUCCAAAAGGGAUUAGUGAUCUUUUGAACUACACCAAAGACAUAUAUGGGAAUCCCACAAUUUACAUUACUGAGAAUGGGGUUGAUGAUGUAAACAACAAUGCUUCAUCGCUGAAGGAAGCUCUCAAUGACCCUAUAAGAGAAAAAUCUUACAAAGACCAUCUUAAGUUUGUUUUAAGAUCCAUCAAUGAGCAUGGUGUUGAUGUUAAGGGUUUCUUUGCCUGGUCAUUUAUGGACAACUUUGAAUGGGGAAGUGGUUAUGCUGUUAGGUUUGGUCUCUACUACGUAGAUUAUAAAAAUGGCUUGAAACGAUAUCCCAAAAACUCUGUCAAAUGGUUCAAGCGAUUCCUAAGAAAGGACUCUGAUCAUUGUCCUGUUCAACGUAUUUGUCCUUUGAUUACUUCUAAUGGAAAACAGAAAAUUGAAGAUGGGUUGGUUCGGGAUGCUAAAAGGCCAAGAACUGGUUGA